AACUGUAAACAAAUGAUGCGUGAGCUUGGUGUUCUUUCAGAAUUACAGACUGCUGAGAUAGCAUUUACAACGAAAUAUCUGACACUUGGUUUUGAUGCAACAACCCAGGAGGGUGUUCAUGUAAAUGCUGUGCACUUAACAACCGAAUCAGUAUGUAUGGUUGUAGCUAUUGAUCAACUUCCUGGAGGUACAGCUUAUGACUAUCAGAGUCAUAUUACAAAAUCUGUUGAUAAUCUUGCUAAGUUAUAUAGUGACUUCUAUAAGCUUAAAUACACUGAUGUAAGAAGCACUAUUAUCGGGAACAUAACAAAUACCAUGAGUGAUAGAGUUGCAACAAACCAUGCAACAGUCUCAAAGUUAAACCUAGUUUGGCAGAAAUCAUUAAAUGAACUUAACUGUCACCUUCACCCCUUGGAUACAAUGACAAGCUCUUGCAAGUCUUCACUUAAAGCAUUAGAGACUUCAAAAGGGAAACUUUUUGGAAGAGACUGCAUAGCAGCAAACAUUGUUGUACAGCUGAACAAACUUCGUUACAAGGAUGCUAAAGGCGAUCCAAAGGGUUUUGUAACCUUUUUGGACCAACAUGAGUUGCCCAGAGGAUUGCUACCACGCUAUAGAGGGAACAGACUACAUAUACUUUUUCACACAUGUGGUAUUUUGAUCCAUCAUUAUGCCAUAUUGAAGAUAUUUCUGUGUUCUGGCUUGGCGUUAUGUGGAGGUCUGCGAAAUAGUUUGUUUCAAGACUUUACAUCUGAAAUAGGUAUCCGUGAGUUGUGUGUUUUAGCUUUAAUUGGAAAGCUACUUUCUGGCCCUUGGAUGACAAAAUUUUAUAUUGCACCAGGUACAGGACUUGACUACAUAUCUGGCAUUCAGGUAGUAAAAGAUGUUAGGAACACUCUUAUUGAGAGCAGCAAGAAUCCCUUAUCUCUACUUAAACGAAAAACUGAUUUCUUUGGUAAUGAUAUUGAAGAUGUUGUUUUUGAUUCAAUAAUCAGCUUUUGCCCAGUAACUAAUGAAAUGAGUAAAGCAUUAGGUGACUGUCUUAAUGCUGUUAUUAGCGUCAUUGACAGGCAGUACAAGCGUCAGUUCGAAAUGAGUUCCAAUGAUCUUCUUAAAGACCAGACUAAGUCAGCUAGGCUUCACAACAUUGAUUCAGAAGAACUUAUGGGUAUGUUUAGCGCUGCAAAGCACAAAGCUCCUAAUGCUACUCUUUGUUUUCUUUCUUGGAAACUUCGUGGUUGCAAAAAUAAAACAACUGCUCUGCUUUGUAAAAAGCCAACUGAUAUUCAAAACAAGUUGAUAUUAUGGGCUAUCUCUAAUGCCAGGAAAAAUCGAUUUACAAGUAUGCAAUGUCAUAAUGAACUGAAGUUAGAACUGCUAAAACGAAUGGCAGAUAAAAUUCAGAAAAGGGAGGACAAAGACCGCAGAAAGGUAGAAAAAAUAUUAAAAAGUUGCAUGCCCGAUCAGGUAAAAAAAAUGUUUCCUGACCUAGAAAAUAACGAGGCCUCAGAUAUUAAAGAAAUUCUUAUUGGAGCUGCUAUUGGAAGAAGUAUUUGCCACAUGUGGUUCGAUAAUGCCAAUAACACCCAUGAGGUAUAUUACGCAGAAUUGUUAGCAUUAAAAAGAAGAACAAUGAUAUAUAUAUAGUUUCUUAUUGGAAACCAAAUGAAAAUGAAGAUGAUGACGGUGUUGAGUAUGAUAUGAGCAAAUAUCAACUUUCUGCAGACAUAAUAAGCGGUGAUAUGGUGAUAACAUAACAGAAUUGUGUAAUAAUAAGGUAGUCGGGUAGUUACCGACAUCCAAUAACCAGGGUUGACCUGGUUGCAACGUGCUAUGGGAAACCAAAGCUCAUUUACUUUUUGACAUAAGCAAAUUGCUUGGCUUAUGACAAUUAAUGUUUAUCAUUGAUGUUUAUCAUUAUCAAUGAUGGCAAUGCAUUUUUCUAUCAAGUAUAACAGAGUUUCGCUUGCGUGGAUUGAGAAAUGUUAAACAGUAUUGAAGGGUCUGCUAUCGAUUUUUUUGUUUGGUAAUGGGAAGUUUGUUGUGUAUCAGGAGUUAAGUGAUUUUGAAUUUUUUAACUUAAUAAAUCAUUCUUAUAUUUAGUAAUCUCUAAUGGGUUUUUUAUUUAUGGUGCUAAAUAUCUAAUGCAUUUUCAUUUAUUUUUUAUUGCAAGGUUUUAACAAUAAUGGCAAUUUGCUACUGUGGAUAUUUAUGUUAAAGACCUCAAGAUUAUAUUUAUUAAUUCAGUAAUUACAGUUAAAUGUUAAACAACAUGAUGAAAACUACAUGGUUGCUUCAGUGGAUGUUGAUCUUUUUCAUAUCAAGAUUAAACCGAUAUCAUUGGAUGUGGUUUCCUUUGCGUACUAAAGAAUCGACUCUUUCUAUCUAUGGAUGUCACAGUUUUGUUUGCUUCAAAAUCUAGGCUUUUUUCAAAGCCACAAUUCUGUUAAAAACAUUACUGAGCAAAAAAAAAAUUUUUUGUUAAA